AAUUCUGGGUUUAGUUUCUGUUUGUUUCCCCGGAAAAAAAACUUGAAUUUUCAAGGUUGAUCAUAGUUGGAAUCAUUCAAAGCCAAAAACCAGAUUGAUCAGUUUGUUAAGAAAGUUGAAACAGAGGGAAAAGAAACAAAACACCGGCGACGGCAAAACAAUGGCAGACAAAUCCGGUUCCUCGUAUUCGGACAUGUACCGGAGGUUCAAGCCUCAUAUACUUAUGGUGCUUAGCCAGUUUGGUUACACUUUCCUAUAUAUUUUCACUGAAGCUUGCUUUAAUCAUGGAAUGAACCCUCAUGUCCACAUUACGUACCGACAUGUUGUAGCCGGCAUCGUCAUGUUCCCCUUCGCCUAUUUUCUCGAAAGAAAAAAGAGGCCAAAGCUGACUUUUGCCCUUUUUCUAGAGAUAUUUGUUCUCUCCAUCUUAGGGGUGAGUUUGACCCUCAACAUGUAUUUCGUGAGCUUAAGAUACACUUCACCAACAUUCCUUGCAGCACUGGUGAAUACCAUAGCUUCAUUGACGUUCAUAAUCGCAGUUGUUUUCAGAUUGGAGGUCGUUAAUCUUCGGAAUCCACGAGGAAUAGCCAAAGUAAUCGGAACUUUUGUCUCCUUGGUCGGUGUAACAAUGAUGACAUUAUACAAGGGUCCUGCAGUAAAAAUCCUAGGGCCUCCUCUUGUUCAAAUUCAAGGCAAAUCCCCCAUUCAUGAGAAUUGGUUGAAGGGUUCAAUUCUCAUUGUUGCAAGCUGCUUAACUUGGUCUAUAUUAUACAUCAUGCAGGCAUUUACACUGAAACGAUAUCCAGCACCACUGUCAUUAACGACAUGGAUGAGCUUUGUUGGAGCAGCACAAUCAGCUGUUUUCACUGUCAUUGUGAACCAUAAACCAGCUUCUUGGAAAAUGGGGUUCAAUAUUGACUUCUGGGCUACUUUAUAUGCUGGAGUGGUGUGUUCUGGUCUGAUUAUAUUUAUUCAACUGUGGUGCACCGAAGUGAAAGGGCCUGUUUUUGUGACCAUGUUCAAUCCACUUUCAACGUUAUUGGUGGCACUUCUUGGGUAUUUCGUCCUUGGUGAAAGGCUUUAUAUGGGCAGCAUAUUAGGGGGAGCUAUUGUGAUAAUUGGACUGUAUUUGGUGCUGUGGGGCAAAGAUCGUGACCAGGAAGCUCAAAUUGGCACGGCAGAGCUGCCUUACUUGGCUUAUGACCACAAAAACGAUACUAAAGCACAUAAAAUCCUUUCAGUUGAAAGGGAAGCACCGCCAUCCGAACCUUGAAGACCAGCAUAUUUUGAUAACCAAAAAAAUAUCCCAGAAAUUAUAUAAAAAAAUGGGAGAAGAUGAGAGCAAAAAAGGGGAUAGAAAAAGCUUAGAGGAAACAAGUACAUUUAUGGAUCUUAGAUAGUUUUAAAUGCAUAUCUGUAAAUUAAUGUUCUAAAUUGGAGCCUGCCUGCUUCAUCUAUGUUUCUUUUCUGGUUGAAAUAUGAAAAUCUACCAUUGUUUUAA